AUGGAUUUUGACAGUCUCAACCGGCAGGUACAUGAAUUGGCGCAUGGUGCCUCGUUACUCUUCCAGAGAGUACCUGGCUCUGCUGUCUUGAUCCGCUACAUAAAAUCGAGCUACCAGAACGACCCUGUUCGAUCCGCCAUCGAACUUAUUCUGGUCCUGUUCUUCAUCCGAUAUCUGCUGUCGCCGUCAUACUCGACGCAUAAACAGAACUAUGUCAAGCUGAAGGAAGAGGAAAUUGAAGAGCUGGUGGUCGACUGGACUCCCGAGCCACUAGUUGCCAACCAGACACCAUUGGAGGAAACCGAGAACGAGAAGCUCCCUAUCAUUGUUGGUCCGACCGGACCCAAAGUCAAGUUAUCCACCGGACGCACGGUUACGAAUCUCGCCUCAUACAACUUCUACAACUUCAACUCGAAUGAACAGCUCAAGGAAAAAGCGAUCCAGACCCUUCGGACCUAUGGCGUUGGACCUUGCGGCCCGCCACAGUUUUACGGCACCCAAGACGUCCAUGUCAAAGCCGAGGCAGACAUUGCCGAAUAUCUCGGUACCGAGGGCUGUAUUGUGUAUGCCCAAUCCUUCUCUACGGUCUCUAGUGUCAUCCCAACAUUCUGCAAGAGAGGAGACGUUAUAAUUGCUGACAAGGGUGUCAACUACUCCAUCCGCAAGGGUCUCCAGGCGUCGCGAAGCAACAUCAAAUGGUAUAAUCACGGCGACAUGGACGACUUGGAAAGAGCUAUGAAAGCUGUUGUCAAGGAGCAAGCCAAGCUUAAGAAAUUAACCCGUCGAUUUAUUGUCACCGAGGGAUUAUUUGAAACAACAGGCGACGCUACCGACCUACCAAAACUCGUUGAAUUGAAGGAAAGAUACAAAUUCAGGAUUAUCUUGGAUGAAACAUGGUCAUUUGGUGUCCUGGGCCGUACCGGGCGUGGCCUGACGGAGGCGCAGAAUGUUGAUCCUCAACAAGUGGACAUGAUUGUCGGGUCCCUCUCUGGUCCUCUUUGUGCUGGCGGAGGCUUCUGUGCAGGUGCCAAGGAUGUCGUUGAACACCAGAGAAUCACCUCCUCCGCUUACACGUAUUCAGCAGCACUACCAGCCAUGCUAGCGAUGACAGCUAGCGAGACUGUGCAUCUUCUGCAGUCGAACCCAGACAUUGUCAACCAGUGCCGCGAAAAUAUCAAGACGAUGAAGCUUCAGUUGGACCCUCGUAGCGAAUGGGUCACAUGCACGAGCAAUCUGGAUAACCCCAUCAUGCUCCUGGUCUUGAAGCCCGAGGUGAUCAAAGCACGCAAUCUCAGCAUUGAUGAACAAGAACGCAUUUUGAUGGACUGCGCAGACGAGUCAUUGGCUAAUGGCGUAAUGAUUUCUCGCCUCAAAACUCGCAUGUAUGCAAAUGUUAUGACGGCCAAGACAAGCGACUGGUUCGUCCAACCCGCGCUCAAGGUUUGCAUCACCUCGGGUUUGUCAAAGAAGGAUAUCGAAAAGGCUGGCGUUACUAUUCGAAAUGCAAUCAGCAAAGUCAUGAUGCCGUUCCGUAUGAACGUUCACCCUCCUAUCCUCACACCCGGCCAGCAAGGGCUACUACUUACAGUCCUUGUCUGCAAUCGUCUGCUGCUGAACAACGAGGAAUUGUCAGCGGACAACGCAAGUCAGAUCUUUAGAUCAGCCCCCCCGCAGACUGCUAAAGUUCCUCUUCCAUCCCAAGUCCCUAGCGAACACCGGGUCCAAAUGUUCUAUCUAACGGCCAUUGAAGCUACGAAUGGGAAUGAUUUGCACGGACAAAUUGUCGUUUUUGACUCCGAGGUUGACUCCGCCGUCUAUAUGCCCGAGGUUGUUGAAUGGAAGGAAAGAGACGAGGUGACAACCGCCAUCGAGACGGUUUUGCACCUUCCUUUGAGCAUGGCGUCCGACUAUGCAGCUGGAAAUCUACACUUGACUAGCGAACUGACAGUUACGACGACCAUGACAUCAUUCUCUACGCAGACUGUGACAGUGGCUGCGCCGACUCACUCGGCACCCGGCAAGGGAGCACCCCCGGUCAAUGGAAACUCUACUGAGCUCUUCGGUGUCUCUUAUGCACCGUACCGCGCCGACCACGGAUGUAAGAGCCAGAAAGAUGUUGAUGAUGACAUGGAGCAGCUUGCUGGACAGUACUCUGUGGUGCGCGUCUAUGGCACAGACUGCGACCAAGUCCCAAUGAUGUACAAAGCCGCCAAGAAGAAGGGGAUGAAGCUGUUCCUAGGUAUCUGGGAACCUUCUGAAGUUGAGGAUGAAGCCAACAAGAUUGUUGCUGGUAUAAAUGGUGACUGGGACAUGGUUCAUACCGUCAGUGUUGGCAAUGAGCUUGUCAACAACGGUCAAGCGUCUCCUAGCGACAUCAUCAGCGCGGUGAAGUUGGCUCGAUCGACGCUACGCGCAGCAGGCUAUCAGGGACCGGUUGUGACGGUUGAUACCUUUAUGGCGGUUGAGGCUCACCCCGAACUCUGCGAUGCUUCCGACUACUGCGCCAUGAAUGCCCAUCCCUUCUUUGACAGCACGGCUGCGGCUUCUCAAGCCGGGCCCUGGUUGGUCGACACUGUUCAUCGUGUCAAGUCUGUCAUGUCUACUUCUAAGAGGGUUGUCGUCACAGAAACCGGCUGGCCGACCAAGGGGCUCGCCAACGGUCUUGCUGUUCCAAGCCUCGCCAACCAGAAGCUGGCUCUGAAUUCUAUUCAGGAGGCUUUUGCUGCGACUCCAGGAGACAUUAUCUUUCUCUCCGCUUUCAAUGACCUCUGGAAGGAGAAUACUGCGUCAACCUUUGAUGCAGACCAAUUUUGGGGAAUCAACGGUGCUGUGGCCAAAUGCGACUUGUGA